CUCCGCUGCCGCUAGUGGAAGAAGAUGGCGGAAGGCGGAGCGGCAGAUCUGGACAUCCAGCGGUCUGACAUCGCGACGCUGCUCAAAACCUCGCUCCGGAAAGGAGACACCUGGUACCUAGUCGAUAGUCGCUGGUUCAAACAGUGGAAAAAAUAUGUUGGCUUUGACAGUUGGGACAAAUACCAGAUGGGAGAUCAAAAUGUAUAUCCUGGACCCAUUGAUAAUUCUGGACUUCUCAAAGAUGGUGAUGCCCAGUCACUUAAGGAACAUCUUAUUGAUGAAUUAGAUUACAUACUGUUGCCAACGGAGGGCUGGAAUAAACUUGUCAGCUGGUACACUUUGAUGGAAGGUCAGGAACCAAUAGCACGAAAGGUGGUUGAACAGGGUAUGUUUGUAAAGCACUGCAAAGUAGAAGUAUAUCUCACAGAAUUGAAGCUCUGUGAAAAUGGAAACAUGAACAAUGUUGUAACUCGAAGAUUUAGCAAAGCUGACACAAUAGAUACAAUUGAAAAGGAAAUAAGAAAAAUCUUCAAUAUUCCAGAUGAAAAGGAGACCAGAUUGUGGAACAAAUACAUGAGUAAUACAUUUGAACCACUGAAUAAACCAGAUAGCACCAUUCAGGAUGCUGGUUUAUACCAAGGACAGGUGUUAGUGAUAGAACAGAAAAAUGAAGAUGGAACAUGGCCAAGGGGUCCUUCUGCUCCUAAGUCCCCAGGUGCAUCCAAUUUUUCAGCUUUACCAAAGAUCUCUCCUUCAUCUCUAUCAAAUAAUUAUAACAACAUCAACAACAGAAAUGUGAAAAACUCAAAUUAUUGUCUCCCAUCAUAUACUGCUUAUAAGAACUAUGAUUAUUCAGAACCUGGCAGAAACAAUGAACAGCCAGGCCUCUGUGGCCUAAGUAACUUGGGAAAUACGUGUUUCAUGAACUCAGCUAUUCAGUGUUUGAGCAAUACACCUCCACUUACUGAAUACUUCCUCAAUGAUAAGUAUCAAGAAGAACUGAAUUUUGACAAUCCCUUGGGAAUGAGAGGCGAAAUUGCUAAAUCUUACGCUGAAUUGAUCAAACAAAUGUGGUCUGGAAAAUUUAGCUAUGUCACGCCAAGAGCCUUUAAGACACAAGUAGGACGUUUUGCACCUCAGUUCUCCGGAUACCAGCAGCAGGACUGUCAAGAGCUAUUAGCUUUCCUAUUAGAUGGAUUACAUGAAGAUUUGAAUAGAAUUAGGAAAAAACCAUAUAUACAAUUAAAAGAUGCUGAUGGAAGGCCAGAUAAGAUUGUUGCUGAAGAAGCCUGGGAAAACCAUUUAAAAAGAAAUGAUUCUAUCAUAGUAGAUAUAUUUCACGGCCUUUUCAAAUCAACUUUAGUUUGUCCUGAAUGUGCUAAGAUUUCUGUAACAUUUGAUCCUUUUUGUUACUUGACACUUCCAUUGCCCAUGAAAAAAGAACGUACCUUGGAAGUAUAUUUAGUUAGAAUGGAUCCACUUACUAAACCUAUGCAGUACAAAGUGGUUGUCCCCAAAAUUGGAAACAUACUUGAUCUUUGUACAGCAUUGUCUGCUUUGUCAGGAGUACCUGCAGAUAAGAUGAUAGUUACUGAUAUAUACAAUCAUAGAUUUCACAGAAUAUUCGCUAUGGAUGAAAACCUUAGUAGUAUUAUGGAACGGGAUGAUAUUUAUGUGUUUGAAAUUAACAUCAAUAGGACAGAAGAUACAGAGCAUGUGAUUAUUCCUGUUUGCCUAAGAGAAAAAUUUAGACACUCAAGUUAUACCCACCAUACUGGUUCUUCACUUUUUGGUCAGCCUUUUCUUAUGGCUGUACCACGAAAUAAUACUGAAGAUAAACUCUAUAAUCUCCUGCUUUUGAGAAUGUGCCGAUAUGUCAAAAUAUCUACUGAAACAGAAGAAACUGAAGGAUCCCUACACUGCUGUAAGGACCAAAAUAUUAAUGGGAAUGGCCCAAAUGGCAUACAUGAAGAAGGCUCACCAAGUGAAAUGGAAACAGAUGAGCCAGAUGAUGAAUCCAGCCAGGAUCAAGAACUUCCCUCCGAGAAUGAAAAUAGUCAGUCUGAAGAUUCAGUUGGAGGAGAUAAUGAUUCUGAAAAUGGAUUAUGUACUGAGGAAAUUUGCAAAGGUCAAAUCACGGGACACAAAAAAAGAUUGUUUACAUUCCAGUUCAACAAUUUAGGCAAUACAGAUAUCAACUACAUCAAAGAUGAUACCAGGCAUAUAAGAUUUGACGAGCGGCAGCUUAGGCUAGAUGAAAGAUCUUUUCUUGCUUUGGAUUGGGAUCCUGAUUUGAAAAAACGAUAUUUUGAUGAAAAUGCUGCUGAGGAUUUUGAAAAACAUGAAAGUGUGGAAUAUAAACCUCCUAAAAAACCCUUUGUGAAAUUAAAAGAUUGCAUUGAGCUUUUUACAACAAAAGAAAAGCUAGGUGCUGAAGAUCCCUGGUAUUGUCCAAAUUGUAAAGAACAUCAGCAAGCCACAAAGAAACUGGAUUUAUGGUCCCUGCCUCCAGUACUUGUGGUACAUCUCAAGCGAUUUUCUUACAGUCGAUACAUGAGAGACAAAUUGGAUACUUUAGUUGAUUUUCCCAUCAAUGACCUGGAUAUGUCAGAAUUCCUAAUUAAUCCAAAUGCAGGUCCUUGUCGCUAUAAUUUGAUUGCUGUUUCCAACCACUAUGGAGGGAUGGGAGGAGGACACUAUACUGCUUUCGCAAAAAAUAAAGAUGAUGGAAAAUGGUACUACUUUGAUGACAGUAGUGUCUCAACUGCAUCUGAAGACCAGAUUGUGUCCAAAGCGGCAUAUGUACUUUUCUACCAGAGACAAGACACUUUCAGUGGAACUGGCUUUUUUCCUCUUGACCGAGAAACUAAAGGUGCUUCAGCCGCCACAGGCAUCCCAUUAGAAAGUGAUGAAGAUAGCAAUGAUAAUGACAAUGAUAUAGAAAACGAAAACUGUAUGCACACUAACUAAUGAAAGUCCUAGAAGCCAUAAAAGAGAGACUUUCCUGCUGGUGGUAUCUAUUGAAGUGAUGAAGUUACCCACCACAUUAAACAAAAGUCUGAGAUGGGGAGUUUCAGAUAACCGAAUGUAAAUCCUUUAUCAGAUUUUAACUUGUGCAGUACUUGAAGUGAAACACAAUGAAAACUUUAACAGAAAUUGUCUCUUAAUACAUUUACAGUCUUGUAAUUACAAGCUAAAUAUAUAUAGGAAAUCACAAAUAAAUCCCUUUUAAGUUUG